CAUGAUGAGUAACCAUAUCAUACAAGGAUCUUCUGAUACUUUUCACAUCCCAAAUCAAUCAAUCGGCAUUACUUUCUACAACGAAUUAAAACGAAAAAAUUCAGAGAAAAUAGCGCUAGUUGAUACUGAAGAAAUAAGUUAUGGAAAACUAUUCAAAGCUUCCGUUAACUUAGCUUCCCAAUUAACUAAACUGGGACUGAAAAAAGGCAAUGUGAUAUCAAUCGUGUCCCAAAAUAAUUGGAAAUACCUUGUUGCAACAAUUUCCGGUUUUUACAUCGGUGCCAAAAUUAAUUUCCUCAAUCAUGAUUAUACUUCCGGCGAGCUUAAACACUUUUUUACAAUUUGUCCACCAGAUUUAAUAUUUUGUUCAAAAAAGUCAUCAAAUAAUAUAUUUUCUCUAUUACACGAAGGGAUUUUGCCCGAAAAUAUAAUUUUGUUCGAUGAAGAAGAGUCGGAAAGCUUAACUUUUGAUCAUUUGAUCAAAACUGAUUUAGAUUUUUGCCCAGUCGAAGUUCAACCGGAAACAGACAUCGCCAUUAUUCCAACAUCCUCAGGCACCACAGGACUGCCAAAAUGUGUUUUAUUAACACACGCGAAUCUUAGAGUGCCGUUUCUUCACUUUGGUGACCGCAAUUUUUUGGACUUUAAAGAAGACGAAGCAACAAUCGGAAAUUUACCGUUUUUCCACAUUUGGGGCAACAUUAUUGCCCUGACUAGCGUUUUCUACGGCGUCAAAUUAAUCAUAAUUCCGAAAUUUCGACCCGAAGUUUAUUUGAAAAUCAUCGAAGAUUACAAAAUUGAGACACUCUUUACCGUCCCUCCACUUCUGCUAUUUUUGGCCAAAAGUCCUCUUGUGAGUUUUUACGAAACUUCAUCAGUCAAAGACGUUAUUUGUGCAGCUGCUGUUAUUACCAAAGAAUUGGAAGAAAUGGUUAAAGACAGAUUAGGUUUAAAAGCUGUUCGCCAGCUUUACGGUAUGACUGAAGCCUCUCUCGGCAUCACAAUGUCGCCAAUAAAAACCGAAAAAAUCGCCAGUGUAGGCAAAGUCUUGCCCACUAAUAAAAUCAAAGUUUGUGAUAUUGAAACUCAAGAGGCUUUAGGACCGCAUAAAAUUGGGGAAUUACGAGCCAAAGGCAGCGGUUUAAUGAUGGGUUAUUUGUCUAACAAAAACGCAACAAUAGAGGCUUUUGACAAUGAUGGUUAUCUCAAAACAGGCGAUUUGGGUUAUUAUGAUGAAGAAAACUUUUUUUACAUUGUUGAUAGGUUAAAAGACAUCAUUAAGUUUAAAGGAUUUCAGAUAUCUCCUGCUGAAUUGGAAAACUUGUUGAUUCAGCAUCCUGCAGUGAAAGAUGCAGCAGUGAUUGGAAUUCCUGAUGAAGUAGCAGGGGAAAUAGCGAUGGCUUUUGUGGUCAAACAACCGGAUAAAAAUGUGACGGAGAAAGAACUUGUUUGUUUUGUUAAUGGGAAUGUUUGUGCACAGAAACGGCUCUACGGGGGUGUGAGGUUCAUCAAUGAAAUUCCCAAAACGUCCAGUGGUAAAAUAUGGAGACUCAAAUUAAGAGAAAUUGUAUGAG